AUGUUUAUUGGAUUAGCAGUAAUUGUUACUGGAAUAUCAUGUAUCCAAGCUGCGCACGAACCUAAAUUAUUUGCAUUAGGCUUGAAAGACAACAAACUAAAUGAAGCACUUGAAAGAUUAUUACCAUUAGAAAAACUAACUCGUACUGCAGCCGACGCAAUAUCAACCGGUCGCAUCUUAGUGGCUAUAGUUAAAUAUUGUUAUCAAGUUAAGGAAUGGGAACUAUUAAAUGAACAUAUUGUAACAUUGAGUAAGAGACGGAGUCAGUUAAAACAAGCGAUAACAAAAAUGGUACAAGAAGCAUAUACACUCCUCGAUCAAACGCCAGAUUUGGAUACAAAAUUAAAAUUAAUUGAAACAUUGAGAACUGUGACAACGGGAAAGAUUUUUGUUGAAAAUGAACGUGCUCGUUUAACAAAGAAAUUAGCUGAUAUUUAUGAAAAUCAAGGAAGAGUGAAAGAAGCUGCCGAGAUUUUACAAGAAUUACAAGUUGAAACUUAUGGAACUAUGGAUCGCCGUGAAAAAAUUGAAUUUCUUCUCGAACAAAUGCGUUUAUGUUUAGCUAAACAAGAUUAUAUUCGUACACAAAUUAUUAGUAAAAAGAUCAAUAUUAAAUCAUUUGAGGAUGAAGCAUCACACGAUUUAAAAUUAAAAUAUUAUGAGUUAAUGAUUGAAAUGGAUUUACAUGAUAAUAAUUAUUUUAAUGUCUGCCAACAUUAUAAACAUUUUUAUGAUACACCACGUAUACAAAAAGAUAAUGAAAAAAUGAAACAGACACUGAAAAAUGUUGUACUUUAUUUAUGUUUAUCACCAUAUGACAAUGAACAAUCAGAUUUUCUUCAUCGUUUAUAUUUAGACAAAAAUCUUGAACAAAUACCAAAAUAUAGAGAAUUACUACAAAGUUUUAAAACUCAAGAGUUAAUACAUUGGAAAGAUAUUUUAAAAAAUUUUGAAAACGAUUUAAAACAAGAUACAAAAAAUGAUUCAGCAACAAAUGUAUUCACAAACACUGAUGAGGGUAAAAAAAGAUGGGAAGAUUUUAAAGUUCGAGUUGUUGAACAUAACAUGCGUAUAAUGGCAAAAUAUUAUACACGAGUAAGAACAAAAAAAAUGGCCGAACUUUUGGAUUUAACGAAGGAGGAAGCUGAACAAUUUUUGUCAAAUUUGGUAUCAAAUAAAACUGUUAAUGCUAAAAUCGAUCGUUUACAAGGAAUUGUCAAUUUUAAACAAAAAAAAUCACCACAAGAAAUUUUAAAUGAAUGGUCAAUUAAUUUAAAUUCAUUAAUGUUAUGUUUGAAUAAAACAUGUCAUUUGAUUAAUAAAGAAGAAACGGUACAUGCUGUUCGAAAUUAG